AUGCCUCUCUCCCCCGCCUCCCAGCUCGUGCGGCUCUCGACCCUCGGCGCCUGCGCCUUUGCCCGCGUGAUCACGCCGUUGCGUCCCGGGCCGUUGAUUCUGCGUGGCGGGCGGGCCGUCGCGUCGGCGGCGGACGCCGCAGAUGUGAAGCUCCGCUCGUUCCGCAAGGCGAUGGCCGAUGCUGGCGUCGCAGCCUUUGUCGUGCCGUCGGGCGACGCCCACCUGUCCGAGUACACCCACCCCGCCUACGACCGCCGCGCCUUCCUCUCUGGCUUCACCGGCUCCGCUGGCACGGCGGUCGUCACCGCAGACGCGGCGUUGCUGUGGACGGACGGGCGGUACUUUCUGCAGGCCGAGCAGGAACUCUCGCCCGAGUGGACGCUCAUGCGCGCGGGCCAGCCCGGCGUGCCCUCGCUCGAGUCGUGGCUCGCCUCCAACCUCCCGGACGCGUCCGCAGUCGGCAUCGACGCGUCGGUUCACAGCGUUGACGAGGCCAACACGCUGCGAUCCGCGCUCGACGCGGCGCAGAGCGGACUCCGGCUAGAGCCGCUCUCGCCUCCCAACCUCGUCGACUCCAUCUGGACGGGCAGGCCGCCGCCUCCGCUCGGCAAGGCCCGGCUGCUGCCGCUCUCCGUGGCAGGCGCGUCGGCCGAGGAGAAGCUCGCCGCGGCAGGCGAGGACCUGGACAAGGCCAAGGCGGACGCGCUUGUGCUCGGCUCGCUGGACGAGGUGCUCGAGCGCGUCGUGGUCGCCGAGGCGACGCCGCUCACCGAGGUCGAGAUCGCGACCAAGCUCGCCUCCUUCCGCGCGGCGCAGCCCGGCUUUAUCGACCUCUCCUUCCCCACGAUCGCGGGCGCCGGCUCGAACGGGGCCAUCAUCCACUACGACUGCAUGGUGGCGGACGCGGCGCGCGUCAACACGCUGGACGGCUCGCAGAUGAUGCUGCUCGACUCGGGCGGCCAGUACGCGACGGGGACCACCGACGUGACAAGAACUUUCCACCUGGGCACCCCCACCGACUGGCAGCGCGAGUGCUUCACGCGCGUGCUCAAGGGCAACAUCGGCCUCGACACGCUCACCUUCCCCGAGGGGACGCCGGGGAUGGCCAUCGACGCCUUUGCGCGGCAGGCGCUCUGGCAGGCGGGGCUCGACUACCUGCACGGCACGGGGCACGGCGUGGGGGCGGCGCUGAACGUGCACGAGGGGCCGCACUCGAUCUCGGCGCGGUGGGGCAACACGUGCGGCCUCGAGGAGGGGAUGAUCUGCUCCAACGAGCCGGGCUACUACGAGGCGGGCGCCUUUGGCAUCCGGAUCGAGAACCUGCUGGUGGCGCGCGCCGCACCGACGCCGAACGCCUUCAACGGCAAGGCGUACCUCCGCUUCGACCAGCUGACACACGUGCCCAUCCAGGCGUCGCUCCUCGAGCCGUCCCUCCUCACCAGCGCAGAGGUGGAGUGGCUCGACGCGUACCACGCCCGCGUCUGGGAGCGUGUCUCGCCCCGCGUGGACGCCGACUCGGAGGGCGCCCGCUGGCUACGCCGAGUCACGCGCCCGCUCGCCGAGCAAGGGGUGCGGGGCUUGCCGCCCUCUAGGACGGCCGCAGUGGCAGAGGCCGCCGCUGCGUUAUAG